CUCAUGUUUAAUAUCGGGCACGGCAAGGCAGGCACAGCACAGCACAGCACAGCACAGCGGCAAAAAGGCUUGUUGGUUGCCUGUCCCUCGGAAAUAGGGACGAAAAUUGGCUGCUAAAAAUAUCACCCUUUCGGCUGUUUCAUCCAAGCCGGGGUAGCACGCCAGACACACCCUUCUGAACGCGAACAAUAGGCUCUGGCAAGUCUGGAACUGGUUCCUUGGCGCUCUGCUCUGCUCAUGUGGCCCAUACGCUCGACAAAUACCCACAUUUCCACCUUCACCGACAAAAGAAAGGCACCACGUUGGCGCGUCUUGGCUGGAAUUUGCCGACGUCCGCCCUUCGGCUGUUAGAGCGGAUAUCCCAAUGAUACAAAAUCGCUGCACAGCCGCGCUCGAGCGCCUGUCCGGGCCGGAAAUACGAGAUCUCUGCGACAGCUCCCACAGAUUGUCAACGAGCAAGGCUUGUCCUGUCCAUGGUCCUUCGUUCAAACCCGGGCUGCCUGGCUCGAGAAGAAGCUUCAACUAUCCACUGGGGUACUGUGGUAUUCAUCCAUUCCAGCGGGCGCUGAGACUUGCCCGGCCCGCGCUAAUCGAUAGAAACUUUGGCAGUCCCUGUCACUAGUGUUGCCAUUGGUUGUCGCUUGCACAUUCUCCUUUGCGUACCCAGCCAGGCCACACGACUGCUUCCGCUGAGACGGGGUCCGGCGUGUGUGACGCACCUCCCUCGAGAGAGACCAUCUGAUUGACUGACUUCCAAUGUAACUCUUUCUGCAAGUAAGUAGCCCAGGGUCAAUUAUGUACCCGCCAUGGCAGCGGCCCAUGCCUUCCAAUCGCAGGAUAUAAGCCGCUGUCUGCCAGCACGACAGGGGAAUUGAUGUUACUAUUUACGAUGCUACGGGUAGUAAGGACCCCAGUCGCAUGCGGUUCACGUUCUCACCAAAACCGGACAAAACGGCACGACAGGCUCGUGGCCUGGUUCUGGUCAAGCGGGCCAUGAAGGCGACUGUCAUCAUGUUUGGGGCUGCCAAACACCAUGACGGGCCUUUUAUGACCCAGCGAGCCGGGGCCUUCCAGCCUCGCGAAAUGACACCUGCCUCUGAAGUUUCAUCGACCACAAACUCCGCCACGGUGGGGCAUGAAAAGGGUGAGGCAGCCCAUCUGGUGCCGCACGCCUCCUCGGGAUCCCAGACAGCAACCAACAUCGCGGCAACAAGACUGGAUCGAGCGAGGCUGAACCUUGUGGAUGGCAAGCAUGCCCCGUCUCUGGCGGGUCUCAUCAACGUGAGGCAAGCGCGUGUAGCCUGGUAGAGCGCGGUUUCCUCAACCACGGCCCGCUUGCUCAGACAGGCGUUUGUCGACUGCCUCGUUUCGGUGUGCAACUCGCCUUGAAGGGUUGCCGCAUCGGGAAGGUCAUGUAAGACGAAGUCAUGGGCAGUUUCUGCAAAUCACGUCCAUGCGACACUAUAAUGUACAGCACGGGCGUCAUGAAUCUGCCGCGGUGCUGUUACCGACUUUCAUGUCAGCAAUUGCGAGAUUUCCCAUGGCCCAGAUCAUCAGUACAAGCCGCCCGAGCUCCCGAUGCAUGCAGGCCGAUAUUGCGUACAGACGGGAGCUGCAGGCCCUCCUCACCGUUGGCCUGUGAGGAGGCAGCGGGGCAGCUUUUUUGGCACCAUGACAUCGCUUGCUGGACCAACAGGCCGGUUGGUGGGUGUGCUGUGCCGCAGAGGUGCCUAAAGAGCGCCUCUGUUUUUAGCGUGGCAUGCUCCAACACCUUUUAGGUUCCGGGCGCGGCCCUUGAGGGAACACGCAGUUGGGAUGACGAUGCGGCCGGUAUGGUUUUGUGCUACUGACGGGACAGGCAGCCUGUCGCCGGCUUCGAAGGGGCCCGUCACGGCGACAGCGGCCAGUUGAACCAGUCAGCGCCCAAGAUGUCGCUUACCACCCUUGAAGCUUGGUUUCGAGACAAGGGCACAUAUGUCAGCAGCGAAGAGAAGGGAUUAUCAUCCGC